CCGUAAUGUUUGUCUGUGCGCGGAUGUAACGUUCAAAGUGUUAUUUAUCAAUUAAAAACUGGGAAAAAGUGCAGGAACCAGAUUAAAAUGUGUCUAACUUAGUUUGUGCAAUCCGAUUUUGUAUGUGUUAGGUGUACUAAAAGUGUUAUGUGCGCCCCAUGAGGGAAGUUAAACUAAAAUGUGGAUUACUAGCAAUAAGAGGGAUUAUAAUAUUUGGAUUAUAGCAUCGUCCACACUCGUACUUCUCUCUUUGGUGCACACGGCAACAGGAUUUGUAUCCUGUUCGCCGAGUCCUUGCAAAAAUGGCGGGACGUGCGUUUCGACGCUCAACGGCGGUUAUGCCUGCAAUUGUACAAAGAAGUUCGUUGGAGAGUACUGCCAACACCUGAACCCAUGCCACACCGGACAGGGGCCCCGUUGCCAGAACGGCGGCACUUGUCAGGUGCGCGAGGGCAUAUCGGCCGGCGGCUCGCCCAGUUUCACGUGUCUCUGCCCCUUAGGCUACAGUGCGUCCCUGUGCGAGAUCCCGAUCGCCAAUUCCUGUGAUAGAAAACCUUGCCUGCACGGCGGUACCUGCCUACUGACCACCACAUUGGACACCCAUCAGUGUCACUGUGCUCCAGGAUACACCGGAGAAAAUUGCGAGAAACAGGACCAUUGCGCGUCCCAGCCGUGCUGGAACGGUGCCGAGUGCAUAUCGGUCGGUGAUUCGUAUGAGUGCAAGUGCGCGCCGGGUUUUACGGGGCCGUCGUGCAAAGAUGAUAGAGACGAGUGCAGAACUAAACCAUGCAAACACGGCAAGUGCCACAACACCCAUGGAAGUUACGCAUGUAACUGCGAGGAGGGUUACACGGGGCAGAACUGCGAAAGCGCGUACAUACCAUGCGACCCCAGCCCCUGUUUGAACGGCGGCCAGUGCCGUCAAAGGGACAAACACUCCUACACCUGCGAUUGUCCGAGCGGAUUCCGCGGACAGAACUGCGAGGAAAACAUCAACGACUGCCCGGGCCACCAGUGCCAGAAUGGGGCGACUUGCGUGGACGGCAUCAACAACUACACCUGCCUAUGUCCGUCGACGUACAUGGGUCGGUUCUGCGAGCAGGACGUGGACGAGUGUUCCCAACGUCCGUCCGUUUGCCAGAACGGGGCCACUUGCACGAACAGCGUGGGCGGCUACUCCUGCAUAUGCGUGAACGGCUGGACCGGUCCGGAUUGUUCCAUCAACAUCAACGAUUGCGCCGACGCCGCCUGCUUCAACGGGGCGACGUGCAUCGACAGGGUCGGAAGCUUCUACUGCAAAUGCACCCCUGGAAAAACAGGUCUCCUGUGCCACUUGGACGACGCCUGCACCAGCAAUCCGUGUCACGCCGAUGCCAUUUGCGACACGAGUCCCAUAAAUGGCUCGUACACUUGCAGUUGUGCUUCUGGAUACAAGGGAAUCGACUGUUCGGAGGAUAUCGACGAGUGUGAACAAGGCUCGCCAUGCGAACACGACGGCAUUUGCGUGAACACACCCGGAAGCUUCGCCUGCAACUGUACGCAAGGAUUCACCGGCCCCAGGUGCGAGAUCAACGUCAACGAGUGCGAGUCCCAUCCGUGUCACAACGACGGCUCAUGCCUGGACGAUCCGGGCACUUUUCGAUGCGUUUGCAUGCCAGGUUUUACUGGAACCCAAUGCGAGAUCGACAUAGACGAAUGCAAAGACAACCCGUGCUUGAACGGAGGAGUGUGCCACGAUCUCAUCAACUCCUUCAAAUGUGCAUGUUCCAUCGGCUUCACCGGCUCCAGGUGCCAGACGAAUAUCGACGACUGCGUUUCCAGUCCUUGCAGGAACGGCGGUAUAUGUCACGACUCCAUCGCCGGAUACACCUGCGAGUGUCCUCCUGGUUUUACAGGCCUUUCGUGCGAAACCAACAUCAACGAUUGUCAAUCAUCCCCGUGCCAACACGGAGAGUGCAUCGACGGCGAGAACUCGUUCACGUGCACUUGCCAUCCGGGUUACACCGGAUACCUGUGCCAAACUCAGAUAAACGAGUGCGAAUCCAAUCCUUGCCAAUACGGAGGCACCUGCCAGGAUCUAGUCAAUCGGUAUCAGUGCAUUUGCAAGGCCGGAACUUCUGGACCGAAUUGCGAGAUCAACGUGAACGAAUGUUACAGCAAUCCCUGUAGGAAUAACGCACGAUGCAUCGACGGAAUCAACAGUGGAAAUCCAUUUGAACCUUACACUUGCGAAUGUUUGCCGGGCUACACCGGUCGCCAUUGCGAGAACAACAUCGACGAGUGCGCCUCGAACCCUUGCGCCAACGGCGGCGUCUGCAUAGACCUCGUCAACGGCUUCCAAUGCGAAUGUCCCAGAGGCUACUUCGACGCCCGUUGCCUCAGCGACGUGGACGAAUGCAAAUCGAACCCGUGCCGUCACGGCGGAAGCUGCGAGGACGGCGUCAACCAGUUCAUAUGCCACUGUUUGCCCGGCUACAGUGGCAAACAGUGCGAGAUCAACAUCGAUGAAUGCGCCUCGAAUCCCUGUCAACACGGCGGCGCCUGUCGCGACCACUUGGCAUCGUAUUCUUGCGAGUGUCAGGCCGGCUACAGCGGCAUUAAUUGCGAAACGAAUCUGGACGACUGCGCCAUAAAUCCGUGCAAGAACGGCGGCUCGUGCAUUGAUCAGGUUAACAAUUAUAAAUGCGUGUGCGAACUCCCGUUCACCGGACGUCAGUGUCAGGAGAAAUUAGACCCGUGCCAGCCCAAUAAAUGCAGACACAACGCCAAGUGCACGCCCAGCUCCAACUAUUUGGAUUUCUCUUGUACUUGCAGUAUCGGAUAUACCGGCCGAUUUUGCGAACAAGAUGUUGACGAAUGUAUGGUGACCAGACCAUGCAGGAACGGGGCCACUUGCAAGAACACCAACGGGUCUUAUCAAUGCAUUUGUGCUAAAGGUUACGAGGGAAGAGAUUGUUCCAUCAACACUGACGACUGUGCUUCAUUUCCCUGUCAGAACGGUGGAUCAUGUUUGGACAGCAUCGGCGACUACAUGUGCUUCUGCGUAAGUGGUUUCGAAGGAAAACAGUGCGAAAUCGACGUGGACGAAUGUUUGUCGAAUCCUUGCCUAAACGGAGCGACCUGCAACCAAUAUGUGGACUCCUAUACUUGCACCUGCCCACUGGGAUUCUCAGGAAUCAAUUGUCAGACUAACGACGAGGACUGCACUGACAGCAGUUGCAUGAAUGGCGGCGAGUGCAUAGAUGGAAUCAAUUCGUAUACAUGCAAAUGUAAACAAGGAUUCACUGGGACAAAUUGCCAACAUAGGAUUAAUCUGUGCGACAGUGAUCCUUGUCUGAACGGUGCCACUUGUCAGGAUCACACCACUCACUAUACGUGUCACUGUCCCUACGGUUACACCGGCAAAGAUUGUGGCGAGUAUGUGGAUUGGUGUUCCACCAAUCCGUGCGAGAAUCAAGCCACUUGCAGACAAAUCAAGAACCAAUACCACUGUAUGUGCGCCUCAGGAUGGACCGGAAAGGUGUGCGAUGUUGAGAUGGUCAGUUGCAACGACGCAGCCAACCGCAAAGGCGUGUCUGUGAAGACUUUGUGUAAUAAUGGAACCUGCGAAAAUAUCGGAAACUCCCACCGCUGUCACUGUUUGGAUGGAUAUACUGGCUCGUACUGUCAGCAGGAAAUCAACGAAUGCGACUCGGCCCCAUGUCAAAACGGAGCCACUUGCAAAGAUUUAGUAGGCUCCUACUCUUGUCAAUGUCCCAACGGCUUCCAAGGCCAGAAUUGUGAACUUAACAUCGACGAUUGCCAACCCAAUCCAUGCCAAAACGGCGGUACUUGCCACGAUUUGGUCAACAGCUUUGUCUGUUCCUGCCCUCCCGGAACUCUCGGCUACAUCUGCGAGAUCAACAUCGACGAUUGCAGACCCGACUCUUGCCACAACAAUGGAACUUGCAUCGACAAGGUACGAGGGUUCGACUGCAAGUGUCCUCCCGGUUUUGUCGGCCCCCGAUGCGAAGGUGACAUUAACGAAUGUCUCUCCAACCCUUGUUCGGACGCCGGCACUCUGGAUUGCGUGCAGUUAAUCAACGACUACCAUUGCAACUGCAAAGCCGGCUACAUGGGCAGACACUGUGAACGCAAAGUAAACUUCUGUGCCCAAUCGCCCUGCCAGAACGGUGGUGUUUGUACAACCAUUCACUCUGGUCACAAGUGUUCCUGCCCUGAUGGAUACUACGGAAAGAAUUGUGAGUUCAGCGGAUACGAUUGCGAUUCGAGUCCUUGUCAAAACGGCGGACAAUGUAAAAUUGCCGACGGUGGUGGAUACAUUUGCGAAUGUCCUGUAGGAACAACCGGAAACAACUGCGAACUGGACUCGCUGAACGAAUGCGACAGCAAUCCUUGCCACGGCGAAGCUCUUUGUCAGGAUAAAUUGGGCGACUACGUUUGCCUUUGUCCACCAAAGUAUGUAGGUAAAAAUUGUGAGAUUUACGACCGCAACUCUCCGGGGGGUAUAGGACAAUCGUCUGUCGCACAGCCGGAUAUUAGCAUAUUCUACGCUAAAGACCUAGAAAAACAGCGACAGGAAUGUGUCAAACUGGGCUGUCCCAUGAAACGAGGCAACUUCAAAUGUGAUGAAGAAUGUAAUAAGUACGCCUGCGACUUCGAUGGCAACGAUUGCUCGCUUGGCAUUAAUCCGUGGGCAAAUUGCACUGCAUCUAUUAAAUGUUGGGAAGUUUUCAUGGACGGAAAAUGUAAUGAAGAAUGUAACAAUGCACAAUGUUUGUUCGAUGGACGUGACUGCGAAAAAUCCCUACAACCAUGCAAUCCCAUUUACGAUGCCUAUUGUCAAAAACAUUAUGCCAACGGAUACUGCGACUACGGUUGUAACAACGCCGAAUGUAACUGGGACGGUCUUGAUUGCGAGAAGAGUCCUCCAGAGUUGGCUGAAGGCGUCAUUUCAAUGGUUGUACUUAUGGAUAUGCAAGGAUUUAAAAAGAACUUGGUGGCUUUCUUGAGAGACACCAGCCACCAACUUAGAACCACAGUGCGUGUGAAAAAAGAUCAAUUAGGCAACGACAUGAUCCAUCCUUGGCACGGUUCUACUUCCAGUGAGUUAGACAGCGACUUUACCAACAAACAUCACAUUGUUUUCUCAGAGAGGGCCCAGUCAGGUGUAAAAGUUUACCUGGAAAUCGACAACAGAAAAUGCAUAACAACCACAGAAAAUUCCGAAUUCUGUUUCCAAACCGCCAGUGCUGCGGCGGAAUUCUUGGCAGCCAGUGCGUCAAGACACACUCUCUCCCAAUCAUUCCCCAUCUACCAAGUGAAAGGAACAACUGGAGAUUCUUUGGAAGACGUACAACCAUCAGUCAAAUGGAUACUUAUUGGAAUAGGAUUCGCCAUCUGCGUCAUAGGUGUAAUAGCAAUGGUUGUCAAGACAAAACGAAAGAGCGCCGCCGGCAUCACCUGGUUCCCCGAAGGAUUCUUGGCCACAAAUUCGGGAACCCGUCGUUCUAGACGUCGUGGCCCUGAAGGCCAAGAGUUACGCAACCUCAGUAAAAAUUCUUCGAUUCCUGGAAUGGAAUUGGACAUGCGUGUCAAUCAAGGGCACGUACCUCAAUGGUCCGACGAUGAGUCGGACAUGCCGCAACCGAAACGCUUCCGGGGAAUAGAAGCCGGAUACGCCAGCGAUCACACCGCAAUUACUGAGUACGAAGAGGCGGAACCGAGAUGGACCCAACAACACUUGGAAGCUGCCGAUUUAAGACCGCCUGCUAUGUUAACCCCACCACAAGGAAACGAUCACGGUGACAUAAACGCCAGAGGACCAUGUGGUAUGACACCUAUUAUGGUUGCUGCUGUCCGAGGAGGCGGUAUGGACACAGGUGUAGAUGACGAAGACGAUUCAUCUGGUGCGAUCAUACAAGAUCUAGUAGCCCAAGGGGCCGAACUAAAUGCGACCAUGGAUAAGACUGGCGAAACAUCACUUCAUUUGGCUGCAAGAUACGCCAGAGCAGAUGCUGCAAAACGACUACUGGAUGCUGGAGCAGAUGCCAACGCACAAGAUAAUACUGGCAGAACACCCCUGCACGCUGCAGUGGCUGCUGAUGCUCUUGGAGUUUUCCAAAUUCUGCUAAGAAAUAGGGCAACUAAUUUAAACGCUCGUAUGCAUGAAGGAACUACACCACUAAUUUUGGCUGCUAGAUUGGCUAUUGAAGGCAUGGUACAAGAUUUGAUAAGCGCAGAAGCAGAUAUAAACGCAUCCGAUAAUUCUGGUAAAACGGCAUUGCAUUGGGCAGCUGCUGUUAAUAAUGUGGAAGCAGUAAACAUUUUGCUUGCUCAUGGCGCUAACAGAGAUGCUCAAGAUGACAAAGAUGAAACUCCAUUGUUCUUAGCAGCACGUGAAGGAUCAUACCAGGCAUGUAAGGCUUUGCUUGAGGCAUACGCUAACAGAGAAAUAACGGACCACAUGGAUCGACUACCGAGAGAUGUUGCCAGUGAAAGACUUCACCAUGAUAUUGUCAGACUUUUGGAUGAACACGUUCCAAGAAGUCCACAAAUGGUGAAUGUUAUUCCUAAUAAUUCGAUGAUGACGUCGCCUACAGGACACAUGUUACAACAACCCACAGUUAUUGUGCCAAAAAGACCAAAAUCUAAGCGACCUAACAAAAACAAUAACGAUCCUACUAGUCCGGAUAACGAUGUAACGUCCGGCAGUAUACGUCGCAAAGCGAGUGUGAAGAAGAACAAGAAAAACGCACAAAACUCUGAAAUCCCUCAGAGUGUGGAUUCAAUCACUUCAACACUAAGUCCUGUGGAAUCUCCAGUUACGAAUCUUCCCAGUCCUUAUGACACAGCCUCGUUAUACUCAAACAUGGGGCUGACAGCCGGUCUUGAAGGACUGAUGGGGAACAAACAGCCUCCAAGCUACGAAGACGUGGUGAAAGCGGCAAACUUGCACACGUUCAAUAUGGAAAACUACACAUUCAAUUUGGGCAACUUCCAAGACCCGUUAAUGAUGCAACAAAGACAGAUGCAGCCGAAUACGUUGAGUCCCCCGUACUCUAACCAGUCGCCACCUCAUUCGGUGCAGUCGAACUUGUCGCUAUCACCACAAGGAUACAACGGGUCGCCCUCGCCCGCCAAAACGCGUCCUUCUUUACCCACGAGCCCCACGCACAUAGCUGCGAUGCGUGCGGCGACACAACAGAAGCACGGCGGAGUUCCACAAACGCAGAAUCUGCCGAUGGGUUUUGACUUCACCCAGGCCACGAUGGACGUACCGGUGACCUACACUGGGAUGAUGUCCACUCAAACGCCCAUAAAUCUGCAGCCGCAGCAGUUCCAGCAGCCCAACUGCUACUUGACUCCCCCUUCGCAACAUUCUGAUCAUCUGUUGCCCGACAACUUCUCCACUCCUAGUCCGGAGAGUCCGGGACAUUGGUCGACGAGUUCGCCGCGCUCGGUUAACUCGGACUGGUCGGAGAACAUCGCCAGUCCCAACACUUACGUGACUACCGGACACCAAACCAACAAGGGCUCUGAUGCUAUUUAUAUUUAAUUUAAUGGUGUCAUUCACAAGUGGUUUUCCCUUUGUUAUUGUGCCUCAGUUGUGGUGAGGCACUUCUUUGAAACAAAAUGGUCUCAUUUUUAUAAAUGCCAAACCAAGCAAUAUUAUCUAUAUACACAUAUAUAGAGGUACCAAAAAUUCUACUAUUUAUUUAUGCCCCCCAUCUGAAUCCUAGUCUCAAAUUUACUGUUUCUGGCUUAUUUUAUUUUGACAAUCUGUUAACUUCAUAUAAAUAAAAAGUAGAAUUAUAUGCACACAAUUACAUCCUUUGUAAAUCUCUAUAGAGUGUUUAAAGUAAAUUAUUUGCCUCA